AUGUUUGACGAUGUUCCUAUGGGGGGUGUUACGGCGGCAGAUGCAGCUUCCGCCGCUAGCAUUCACCCCUUCGAGACCUACGAAGAUCUCGGGCCGGAACAGAAAGCAGCAUUUCACCAGCUAUCCAGCUAUAGGUCCCGCAGGAGGGUCAGGGCAACGGAAAGGAACCUGAGGAAAAGGUCGCUAGGCCUCCGAAUAUUCACGGAAGAGGAAAUCGAGAGAUAUACUGAGGUGACUCUCAUCUACGAUUCAAAUGAUUUUGGUGUAGAGUCGUUGUACCAAGGUGAACCCGUGCCCUUGGACAUGAGCUGCGUCUAUUUUACGGCUAGCAGAUUCAACCACUCAUGUGACCCUAACCUUGAGUGGCAAACCUGGGUAGAAUCGCCGUGGUUUACUGCAAGGGCAUCGCGUAAGAUCAGCGCAGGGAACGAGUUGACGGUUUCUUACUUGGGAGGACCGAUGUCCAGGGCCCAACGGCAAAGGGAUCUGAAAUCUGGUUGGGGAUUCGACUGCGCUUGCACGAGGUGUACAGCCGCACCGGUCGACUACGAUACUCGACUAGAAGAGAUCGUUGGUACUCAGCGGCAUGCUGCUUCGCAGACUCAGCAGGGUGCUCCUGUCUGGCCCCCGACCGAGGACGAGACAGCCCCCAGACACGCCCGGCGGCUUCAGCUUCUCGAGGUGUUACAGUGGCACGGCGACCUGCAUUUUGCUUACUUUACGGCUGCUCACUUCCACUUUGAGCGAUACCAGGCCUUGUUAGGGAGCGACAGAGCGAAGGCCAUGGAGAAUCUCAGACAAGCUGUGAUUUACCAGAGAAAAUCUUGGGAAUCGGGAAAGACUGCUUUUUUUGCUCAAGACCCUUUGGUCGCUCAAGCAGGCUCGCAACUGACAAAAUGGGGCGCAGUGUUGGCAUCGGAGGAGGCCUAA